UGUGCGAAGUGACGCCUUUCUGGCAUCUGGAGGAACAAUGAAGCUGAAAGAAAUCCAAAGGACCGCGCAGCAAGCGUGGAGUCCGGCCUCUCUUCACCCGGCCUACCUGGCCACAGGCACCUCGGCACAGCAGCUGGACGCGUCUUUCAGUACCAGCGCCGCCCUGGAGAUUUUUGAAAUGGACUUUGCAGAUCCUUCACAGGACAUGAAACUCCGAGGCACCCUUCCUACCUCCAACAGCUUCAGAGUUGGAAACCCUCAGCUUUACAGUUUCCCCUGUCUCACCUCCAUGUUGUUUGAUUUGCAGCCACAUGAAGACAUUAGUGUCGUUGCCUGGAAUAGGCAGGUCCAGCACAUCCUGGCUUCAGCGCACCCCAGUGGUAAGGCUGUUGUUUGGGACCUGAGAAAAAACGAGCCAAUCAUUAAAAUCAGUGACCACAGCAACAGGAUGCAUUGCUCCGGGAUGCUGUGGCACCCUGAGGUGGCCACUCAGCUGGUGCUGGCGUCCGAAGACGACCGCUUGCCCGUCAUCCAGAUGUGGGAUCUGCGGUUCGCUACGUCCCCUCUGAAGGUUCUGGAGAACCACACGAGGGGAAUUCUGUCUGUGUCCUGGAGUCAGGCAGAUCCAGAGCUCCUUCUUAGCAGUGCUAAAGACAACAGGAUCCUGUGCUGGAAUCCAACCACAGGAGAGGUGAUCUAUGAGCUGCCUACCAGUAGCCAGUGGUGCUUUGAUGUGCAGUGGUGUCCCAGGAAUCCUGCUCUUCUCUCUGCUGCUUCCUUUGAUGGCCGGAUCUGUGUUUACUCAGUCAUGGGAGGCAGCCUGGAGGCUCAGCAGCAGAUGUGUGCUGAUAAGAUCUCCUCUUCCUUCAGUGCCCUGGACUCUUUUGGAACGGGACAGGCCCUCCCCCCACUACAGGUCCCUCAGAAGAUGGCCCAGACCACAAUGAUCCCACCCCUGAAGAAGCCCCCCAAGUGGAUCCGCAGGCACGUGGGCGCCUCCUUCGCUUUUGGAGGAAAGUUAAUCACCUUCGAGAAUCCUAAGUCCCCUCAGCCUCAGGGGCCACACCCCCUCCCCAGGAAGGUUUUUGUCAGCCAGGUCACCACGGAAACAGAAUUCCUGCAGCGCUCCAGCGAACUGCAGGCCGCGCUGCAGUCUGGCAGCUACUCCAGCUACUGCCAAGCCAAAAUCCACAGCUCUCCGACGGACUCCGAACAGAACAUGUGGAGCUUCCUCAAGGUGAACUUUGAAGAGGAUGCUCGUGUCAAGUUUUUAAGACUUUUGGGUUUCAGUAAAGAAGAACUUGAAAAAAAGAUUUCUUCAGGUUUAGGAAGAAACUUCCGGCCUAACGGACUCGGCAUUGAUGCCAACGAUUUGGCAGAGAAGAUGCAGCACCUGUCUGCACAGAGGUCAGACGAGUCCAGUGCUACAGGAGACACCCCCUCCUCCCCGUCCUCCUCUUCGCCAUCGGACUUCUUCAGCCACCUACCCAAGGAAAAGCCCAAAUUCCAGAUCCCCGUCACUGCCGACACUGACGGUCUGAUCAGUCAGGCUCUUCUGGUGGGGAACUUCGAGAGCGCGGUGGAGCUGUGUCUCAGUGACAGCCGCUACGCUGAGGCCAUCCUCCUGGCGAUCAGUGGGGGAGAGGAGCUUCUGAGGAAGACCCAGCAGAGAUACCUCGACAAGCAGAGAACCAGCAUUUCAAUGCUCAUAUCUUCCAUAGUCACCCGGAACUGGACUAACAUUGUGCAGUUGUGCGAUCUGGACAACUGGAAAGAAGCAUUAGCUGCCCUUCUGACUUACGCCCAGCCCGAGGACUUCUCCGAACUGUGUGAUACUCUCGGGGCCCGUCUGGAGUGUGAGGGCGAGGAAAGGUAUUUCUUACAGGCCUGCUUGUGUUACAUCUGCUCUGGAAACGUCGAGAAGCUGGUGGAGUGUUGGGUGCAUAGAAACGACUGCUCCUCUCCUCUGGCAUUGGAGGACCUUGUGGAGAAGGUGAUGAUACUGCGCAGGUCCAUUGAGAAGCUGCGCGGUGGGGAGGUGGAGGUCCAGAGUCCCCUCCUGGCGGAGAAGCUCACCCAGUAUGCCAGCCUGCUGGCUGCACAGGGCAGCCUGGUCGCGGCAAUGAGCUAUCUGCCACUGGGCUCUGACCAGCCCUUGAUCAUGAAGCUGUGGGACCGGCUGUUUCACGCCCAGGGAGAGGCUGUCGGGGGCCAGCAGCCUCCUCCCUUCCCUUACACCCGGGUCCACGUGGGAGGGCUCGCCCCUGCUCCUGCCCCAGCUCCAGCACAGCCUCUGGGCCAGAAAGUGCACCAACCGGGGAUAUACCAGCCUGGUUUUGCAACUCCGAUGGUACCUCCAGGGCAGCCUCCAGUGCCCACAGCUUUCCCUCCUCAGCCGGCCGAGUCCAUGCCCUCCCAUUCCUACUCUGCCCACGUGCCCCUGACGAGCCUGCCCCGAGCUGGCCCACGAGCACCGUACCCUCAGCACCCUGCCACCGCCUCAGGUUUCCCCCCUCAUCAGCCUUUCGGCCAGCCAGCAGUGCCUCUCGGUGGCGGCUAUCCCUCCAAGCCCACCAUGCCAGCCUCCAGCCUGGCCGGACCCUCCCUGCCUCCUUCUUCUGCCCCCGGAGCCCUUCCAGCGCCACCCAGCCCUGCCGGCCCGCCGCCCAGCCUCAUGUCCGCGGCAGGCCGCCCCUCGGCUUCUGUGCCACCCUCAUCCCAGGCAGGGGGGCCUCCUCACAUGUACCCUGGUGGUCAUCACCCCCAGGCCUCCGUGGCACCGCUGCAGCCUUCUGGCCCCUACGGCCCCGCCGUCCAGGGAUACUCGCAGGGCGGCCCCGGAGCCCCAGCCUCCCAGUCCUUUUCCGCUGCUCCUCUUCCUCCUCCACCCACAGGGUACUUCCCAUGGCUGCAGUUCCAUUGUGAUGAUGAAGGCCCUCAGGACGGCUGGAAUGAUCCCCCGACAGUGCGAGGAGGGCCCAGAAAAAAGAAGCUUCCAGAGAACUACACUCCUCCUGCUCCGAUCACGGCUCCGGUAAUGGGAUUCCCUGUGGAGCAGCACGCCCUGCAGCCCCAGGUCUCUCCGCCUCACGAGCGCGUGCAGGCCCCUCCAGGAGCUCCGCAGGAGCCCAGCAUCCAGAGUCUCCAUCAACUGCCUGCGGAAAAGAUUGAGAAACGAGAGAUCCCCCCAGAACACCUGGUGCUGAAGACCACCUUCGACAGCCUGGUCCAGCGCUGCCUGCUGGCGGCAGGAGACCCGCAAACCAAACGGAAACUUGACGAUGCUUCAAAGCGCCUGGAGUACCUGUAUGACAAGCUGAGAGAGCACGCCCUCUCCCCCAGCAUCCUGGCGGGGCUGCACGAGGUGGGCCGCUGCAUCGAGGGCCGCAACUAUCAGCAGGCCCUGGCGGUCCACACCCAGAUCGUCAGCAGCAGCAACUUCAGCGAGAUCUCCGCCUUCAUGCCGGUCCUCAAGGUGGUGAUGACCAUCGCGAACAAGCUCGGCGUCUGACCGCGGAGAAGCAGGUCGAGCCAGUGCAAGCCACUGACGUCUUCACAGUAGUCCAGUGUUAGAGAUACUUAAAUUAUCUAUAUUUUUGACCUGUACAAAUGUGCUUUGAACAAUGCCGUGCCGACUCUUCAUUAUAUCCACUCCUGUUUUCCGCAGUGUUGUCUCACGCAAAAAAACGUGUGUGGCGUUUACCAGUUUGUGUGUUUUUUGUGGGGGGAAGGAGGGCACCCAUUCUGUUCCCCGCCUUUAUCCUUCCAUGUCGUUUGCCAGCUACCCUUUGGGUUUUUGACUCGUGCGUAUCAGUGAAGUGCAAUCAGAUGUCGGUUAAUGAAUUUGAUAAAAGAAGGAAAAGGAUCAGGCAGUGUAGGAUGAAUCCGGACAAGACUGAGCACCACUUCAUCUGCCCUUGGUCCUCCAAUCCAUGGGAAUGGAAGGAUGGAGGGUAUGGAGAUGCUCAUCCUAGAGGAUCCAUGUUAGUCUUCUUUCCCCCCAGCCGAGCCUGGGCUGUGGCAAAGAGUUCAAUUUUGUGGCAGAAUAGAUUUCCGAACUGAGAGGGAUAUUAAGGUAUACAGAAUUUGCUUAUUGAAAAUAUACAAAGAAUACCUACAUGCACAAGACCAGUUGAUUGUUAUUGAUUUAUAGCAUUAAAAAAUCUUUUAAAAGCUUUUUAAAGAAAAAACAAAUGUGCCAUUUCCUGCCGGGAGCUUUAUUGAGAUUUGCUGCUCAAAUCUAAACAAUCUAGAUAACAUUAAUGGAAUACAAAACGAUCGUGUAUGAAUGUGCACAGUGGUAUACCCAGAUAGUAGACAUCUUUUCUUAGGUGAAUUUUUUGCUUACUGUUGUGGGAGGUGGCCUGGUACUCUAGAGAUCACAAAAGCUUACUUAUUUUUUUAACUGAGGGUCUUGACAGUUAAUGACCUUACUUGCAAUUAAGCUUCUCCACAUAUAUUAAAAAAGAGCAGAAAUGCAAAACCUGAAAGAUUACAUUCUGUAUACAGGCAUUCGCAGUCUAAGAACUGGGUUUCUCAUAAUAUGCUUAAUGUACUCGGAGAGUAACUUUAGAGAUGUUGCCAGUUUUUGAUUCUGCAGUUUUCAAUUAUCAGAACUGUUAGGUGAACCCCUUUGUUUUCAAUUAGUUUUGAUACAAACGUGAAAGUAAGUUGCUUCACUGAGACCUGAUUAGCUGUUUAUUAUUGUGGGGUCUCUUAUAUACUUUCUGUACAGUCACAUCUUUUCUCCUUGAGACACUCUGCAGCACUGAAACAGCAGUGGGCACCUUGAGAUGUUGUUUGUGCAUUCCUACGUAUAGAUUAUUUGAGGAAAUUUAAAAGUAUUGAUGCAUUGUGGAUUUCACACCUGUUUCCAAGGCUAUGCUUUACAAUGCUGAAAUUCCAGUUGAAGUUAGAAUGAAAAUAAUUUUUCAGUGAGAUUUGGGCCUUGUUUAAGAAAAUAUCAACCACCAUUUAAGAACAUAUUUAUUUAAAUGUGCCCUAGGAAUUUUUGUGCAUCAACUGCAGUAAAUAUUUAUGAAAUUAAUUUUACGGUUUAAUUAUUUUCCCCAUCUGAAAUGUGCGUUACAACGUGUUACAAAUGAAUGUUGUAAUGCAUUCAACAGUUUACUUAUUAAUGUUAAAGGCAGCUGUUGCACAAAAUCCUCACAUCAGGCUUUUGUCCAGCUGGUGAAGUUCCCGUAUUUAACCUAAAAACCGAGGAGCUGUCGGAAUGGCCCACGGUGUGACCACAAGCCCUUCCUCCUGGUCAGGUGGUUGGCUCUGGUUCCAUGUAGAAGUCGAGGAAAAUUACAAUGGUGUUGAGCAUCUUUGUUUCAGGAGCCAGAGCAGUUAUCCCAAGCAGUUUGUCAGUGCUUGAUAAAAUAAGAGGUAACUUCUGUCUGUAACAGAAUUGUUGGUUUUGUAACAACGGUAUUGCUUUCCUCCUAGGAGGAGUAUUUCACUCCUUGCCCCUUUAAAAUGCAGUGGAAGAGCUUUUGCUUUUUUUCAGAUUCUUCUGCUCUUCAGAAAUCUGGCACUGAGUUAAAAAACAGAUGCAGUCCAGCUGUGAGGUCAGUGUUAGCUGGGCAGUCACUUGUUGGAGGGUACAGUUACAGUUAUUGAAGGCAAACAAGUGCCUCCAUGCUCCCUCUUCUGCGCCGUUAUUUGUACAACCAGAUUUCCACCAAUAUUGUCAUUCAGUGAUGUAAUGGAACUUUUUUUUUUCCAAAUAAAGCAUUGUCUCAGA